AUGAGAGUGGGCCGAAGAUAUUUUGAACUCAUGGUUUCUGUGAUCAAUCCAUCGUCGGAUCUAUAUCAUCACAGUCCCUUAGCACCUUUAGCGUCAUUCGACUCACCCGGUUCUGGGAUCGAAUCGUCCAGUACACAAUCGGAAAAAAAUUGUCCGUUCAGAGACUUCAUAUUAAACGAUAAAUGGAGACGUAUAUUUGAUAAAUAUGACCCUGAAGGUUUUGGAGAAAUUCCGUGGAACGAUUUCUUGAUGUUAUUAAAUUCGUCAGAUUUCGUGAAAUCUAUAUCUCAGGAGAAACGUGAUAUCCUCCUUGAACGAGCUCGCCAAUCAAACACGUCUGCUAUAACUUUUCAAGAUUUCGUCAACAUCGUAAGUCUUUUAAAACGCUUACACACGUUAUGA